AUGAAGGGCUCUGACCUGGCCCAGGACACGCCCCUUGCCUUCUGUCGAGGACACCGAACAGAGAAAGCUGAAUCAGAGAGUAGCGAUGGCGACCAUGUCACUCCUCGGACGGUAAAUCGCGACACUCUUCUGAUGCGUGCGGCCAGCGACGGUGACGCAGAUCGUCUACGAAGUAUUCUUGACAUCCACAGUGAGUUGCUCAGGCAGAAGAACAGGCCCGGUAAAACAGCGCUGAUGUUGGCCGCAGAGAGGGGACACUAUGAGUGUGCAAGGGAACUCUUACAGGAAGUGGGAAUCACCACACCGUCCGAUACCACGGCGCUCAUGCUUGCCAUCCGCUCUCGGCAUACGCCGAUCAUUGAGUUGCUGGCCCCGCUAGAGGGUACGCUGUCCGGCAUGACAGCCCUUAUGCAAGCAAUCAUUACAGGCUCCGUAUCUACCUCCACCAUAGCUACGUACUCAACAGAUCUAGGACAACAGGAUCGUUGCGGAAUGAGCGCUCUCAUGUACUCGGCCCUAUUCUGUAGGCCCGAAUCCACGGCACUGAUCCUUCAAAGUUCGGUCAGCAGUGAAGUAAGCGAGCUCUCAUUGGUUAGUGGCAAACAGGAGACAGCGUUGAUGAUUGCAACGGAGCAGGACUGUCCUGAGUGUGUUGCACAGCUUCUGGCCGAAGCCGGACAUAUCUCACGUGGCCGUCGCUCUGCACUGUUAAUAGCCAUGGAGCUACCGAGGAGGGACUGUGCAGAUCUGCUUCUAUCCUCGAAAAAAGAGCGGAUGAUUAGUAGGGUGACACAACUCAUGGUAGAUGCCCGCUACGGAGCCUCAACGUCGGACUCUCUUCUAAGAGAUAAUGGGAAGAGUGCAGUAGACAAGAAGACCGCGCUCAUGCAUGCUUCUAUUGCGGGUAAUUUGGAGAUGGUACAGGCGCUGAAGCAGAGUGAAGCAAGGAUGCAGGAUAAGCUAGGAUGGACAGCGCUUAUGUAUGCUGUAAGAAGUAAGAACACAGGUAUUGUGUCCAAGUUGGCUCUAUGUGAAGCUGGAGUUAUCAGUAGAUCAGGAGAGACGGCACUGUCCAUGGCUAUAGAGCAGGCGUUUGAGCCUGCUGUGCAAAUACUGCUUCCCCAUGAGAUGAGCGUUACUACGGAGUAUUGUCCUAAUCUUGUUAUGCACUCGGUGCGGAGAAAACCGCCGAACAUUCCGAUAAUAAGUAUCCUGAUAGAAUAUUGCAUCAAGCAUAGCGCUAAAAGACCCUUUGUGCCACUCCGUCGCCCCGCAGAAGGGUUUUGGAAGGAGACAGCCCUGAUCCGCGCUGCGGCUGUAGGAGACAAGGCCCUCAUAGAGAAGAAUAUAACACAAGUCGGCCAGAUGCACAGAGGAUAUACUGCCCUGCUCACGGCAGCAGAGAGAAACAGAGCAGAUUGCAUACCACUACUCUUGAGAGAGCUGGGUAUCCAGGUCUGGGAUGGGCAGACAGCCUUGAUGCGUGCAAGCGAGCUGGGACACGUCGAAUGCAUUCCUUUAUUGUUAGCAGAGUCAUACGCAACCACUGCAGCAGGAACCACAGCCUUGAUGAAGGCUUCUGCUGCAAACAAGCCAGAUGCAGUGAGACUGCUUCUCCAUGAAGCGGGUCUGCAGGAUGCAGAGGGCCACACAGCGCUGGUGGUAGCGGCCCAGCGGAACCACCAAGAGGUUGUGGAGAUCCUAGUGGAUCUUGAAAAGGGUAUAAUGGACAAGGAAGCUAAAACGGCGCUUGUGCACGCUAUUCUCAAUAAAGCAACAGAUUGCAUUGAGCCACUGUUAAGGUCAGAAAGGGAGUUCACGAAAAUUAGUCCGUUGAUGGUGGACGUCAGUUUGGGGAAGACUAUUUCUGUAGAAGCCUACAGAUCUGAGUUGAGAAGGCUCGACAACCAUGGAAACACGGCCCUGAUGUAUGCGGUCAUGGCUAAGAACUAUUCUGGAAUACAGGUAUUGUUAGAAUCCGAGGGGGGCAUGCAGAGCCCAUCAGGAGCAUUCGGGUUGCUCUUGGCAGCAGAGCUCCAGGACCUUCGGGGAAUUGAACUUAUCGCGCAAUGCCCGCAAGAGCGUUCUCUAUAUGAUGCACGUGGAGACACUGCUCUCACAUAUUCAAUUAAGAGAAAGCUGAAAGGUAGCACACAGGCUCUUGCCAAGUUGCUGUUUGAUAUUCCAACUAGCAAUGGAACGCUUCCAUUAGAUAUUGCACUGACUGAGGGGAAUGGAGAGGCCUACGCUCUGCUUUACUCUCUCCACCUUGAAAAGUCCACAGAAUUCAUUCUGACACAAAAGCCUUUAGUGCUGAAGAGGGUGGAGGAACCGACAGAGCUGCUCCGUGCAGUUGAUAGAAAGGACAUAGAAGGGGUUCGCGCACAUCUCAACCGAGUCGGAUACAUGUUUCAAGGCCGGAGCGCUCUAUUCAAAGCUGCUGAAGCGGGAAGCGUAGACAUUCUCCGCCUGCUACUCUGUGAGUCUCGCAACACUAACCUCAUUGGUGAGACCGCACUUAUUCUUGCUACGCUGUCUGGCAACCGAGAGGCUGUCCAGAUCCUUGCCCCAUUAGAGACAGGAAUUAGUGGCUUUAACGAAGCCAUGGUCUGCGCCGCUCUAGAUGAUCUCCCAGGUUUGAAGAAGUGUAUUGGCGACGGUAGCUGUAUGGCUGACACAUUGGGUAACACAGCGUUGGUUUACGCAGCAGCAUGCGGUUCAUUACUGUGCAUGGAGCAUCUACUUAAGCAAGGAAUCGGGAAAGAAAGCGGAAAGCUGACGCCUUUAAUGGCCGCAGCGCGUAAUAAUAAAGUUGAUGCUGUACGGCUGCUACUCGAGUGCUCCCAGUUUCAUGGACAGCAAGAUGUCCUUGGAAUGACUGCGCUGAUGCAUGCAGUUGAUAAGUGCGCCUGCGAGGCUGCAUGCUUGCUCUUGCCGCAUGAGGCUACGUUGAUAAAUGCAUUCGGAGAGACAGCCUUCGAUAUAGCCAGGAGACGCAAUGUCAGCCUAUCAGAGUGA